UGCAACACGCCCGAUGCGUUGCGCCGCGUGGAGGGCAGAUAUAUAGCAGGGUCUACAUGUUACCGAGCCAGUCUCUCCAACAUGCCCGUCGACACCAUCCUUGUAGGUUUCUCUGUCAACCGUUCGUGCACUACGAAUGAAGAUGAACGGAAAACGUUACUGGACAACGUGGAAAGUGUCUUAGGCGAUUACCUUCCGUUAUUGAAGUUUCAGAGAAGUAUGCAAGUUGGUGACAUCUUUGUAUCAGUGUAUACAGCGGAUAGAGACUCUAUAGUGAGUGUCAAAUGUUUUUCGGCGGGUGGUGUGAUUUGUGCUAUCGAGUAUUACAAGGAGGACAACGAGAAACCACUUCUCAAUUUUGAGUGUAUUCGGAAACUUGAGCAAAGUUUAAUCAAGAAAUGUCAUGGCAAAAGGAGCAAUGCCUUUCCGGCCAUAGAACUUGGAGCUGUUGUCGACAGAUACUUCACAGCAGCAGAUGACCGUAUUUUGGAAUAUGACAUUGACAGUAUUGUAUAUGAAACUACUUCGCCUUAUCAGAGAAUAAGAAUUAUGCAUUCUCGAACACUUGGAAAUUUACUUGUUCUGGAUGAACAUCAGAAUUUGGCUGAAAGUGAUCUGAUAUACACAGAAACAUUAAUGCAGCGAGGGAAGGAAAAUUAUGAAGGAAAAGAGAUAGUUAUUUUGGGUGGAGGAGAUGGAGCUCUUUUAUGGGAACUUUUGAAAGAGAAACCAAAGUUUGUUACAAUGGUAGAGAUUGAUGAGCAGGUGAUGCAGGCAUGUCAGAAACAUCUUCGCUCUUGUUGUGGUAACUGUCUAGAUCAGUAUAAAGGAGAGAACUAUGAGAUUAUUGUUGAUGACUGUGUAAAAGUACUUGAGAAAUUCAUCAAAGAAGGCAAGAAAUUUGACUAUGUGUUUGCUGACCUUACUGACAUACCACUAUCGUCAACACCACAAGGAGAACUGUGGGAUUUCAUCAGGCUAAUUUUAAAUAUCUCAUUCAAAGUUCUAAAACGAACGGGAAAGUACAUGACUCAUGCCAAUGGAGUGUCAUGCCCAAGUGCUCUCAGUAUGUUUGAGUCACAACUUAAACAGCUUCCCGUACCAGUGAAAUUUACACGUGACCAGGCCUUUGUACCAUCAUUUAUGGAAGACUGGGUCUUCUACCAGGUGCAGCCAAUAUGCAGAUAGCUUUCAACACAGACCAUUUAUGUAAAUCCGUGGACAUUCUAUCUGCUACAGCUUGAUCUUAAGUUCAAUGUUAUAAAGCAGUGAAGCAUUCUACAUUGUGAAAUGGUUUAAGUGAAGUAAUGUAAGUUACAUUACAUGAAACAAAAUAUUUUGUUCAGUAUUAUAGAUGUAGCACAUUUUUGUGUUAAAUUGACUGAUUUUAUAUGAUUAAAAUAAACAGUAAAUACUAUACACUGUGUAAAUUUAUUUAAAAGUUAAAAUUCUCAUAAGGAUUCAUACUAAACUGCAUAAGAAAGGAACAGAGAGUCAUGAGUGCAGUGAAAGUUUUUGAUGCCAAUUGUUUGGUAACAGUUCAGAAAAGCAAGUGUAGUGCUCUUGGUUUUGGUUGUCUCUGUCACCUUUACUAGUUAUAAUGUGUUUUGAAUCAUGGGACAUUGUAUCAUUUAUGUUCCUACAUUUUCUAGGGUGAUUUAAUCUCAAAUCAUACAGGUCAUGUCUACUUGUGCUCAUGAAUUCCUCUGGAAAAAAUAUAUAUUAGACUCUAUGUCGUAAGUGUUAAAGAAAUAAAGUAUUUUCAUUUUAUCUUAAUUUUUGUAAGUGCUAUCGCCCUUUGAAAAAUGUAUAUUUUGUAAAUAAUUCUUAAAACAGUUGAGAGCAAAAAAGAAAUAUAACUAAUAAACCAAAAGUGCUGGAGACCUGGGAGAUGUUUUGUAUUACAGCUCCCUCUUAGUGUGUUGAAAUUUAGUUGAUACCCAAACACUAACGGGCUUCCUUUAACUUACAAAUUUAAGACAAAAAUAUGUAAUUUAAGUUAAUUUUUUC